AAUAUCCGAUUCGAGAAUUAGCUCCGGAAGUAAUUUACGACGAUCCGUGGAAAAAUUUUGAUGCUACAAGCUUUUAGGCUUAGUUCAAGGACAGCAGCCAGAGAUUAUCAUACUUUGGCAACCUGUUUUUAUAACGAAAUGUACAGGGAUGACAGAAGAGGGAGAGGAUAUAGAGGUCAAGGUCACUGGGGUCGAGGAGGUCAAAGGAGAUAUAAUGAUAAUGAUAGAGGUCAUCCAGAAAUGGAAGAAGACAGAUAUGAAGCACAUGAUCCGGGACACGGUUACCGGGGAAAUAGAGGAAGGGGAAGAGGAGGUAGACGUGGGGGAUCAGGCCGAGGACAUAGAGGUUAUGCUGAAGACAGGAGAGAUGAGAGACCAGGUGGAUCUGGACGAGGUGGUAAGGAAAGGCCUCCGCCAGGGCUGAAGGGGAGGGAGAUUGGCAUGUGGUAUGCUAGAAGAAGCAGAGCAAAUGCUGAACAGAGGGAGAAAGAUCAGCGCCCAGAAGUGAAGAUGGUUCAACAUCAGGAGCAAAAUAUUCGUCAGUUGCUACAUGACAUAAAGUCUAGUAGAGAUUAUAUAUGCAGAUUUUGGUUAAUAAUUUCCUGCUUCUGGGACAAUAUUUCGAAUAGCUUGGCUGUCUUACGGACAGCUCUUGUUUUGUUUAAAUUGUACUUUAUUUACAGUGAAGAAAUGGAUUGGUUUGAUGAAGACAAAAAGUUCAAAAAGGAAUUUUGUGAUGAGUACGAUGGCCAAGAAGCUGAAGAAAGAACUUCAAAUCGAAAUGUCAGAAGAGAACCUGAAAGUACAGAGCUUCGUGUCAAAAUAGAAACUGGAACAGCUGACCUAAAUAUUAAAACAGAAGCUGGAACUGCUGAUCUAAAUAUUGAAACAGAAGCUGGUACAUCUAAUCUAAGUAUUAAAACAGAAGGUAGAGCAGCUGAUUCCGUACUGGAGCCAGUUAUUGAAAUACUGGAUGAUGAGGAUGAUGAAUUACCAGCAAUAACGGAGAUGAUGAAGUUCAAUGAAGAGGAGGAUUAUAUGAUAAAAGAUGAUGAAGAAGUUAUAAUAAUCCCUGAUUCACCAGAGAGAGAUCAGCAGGAUCUGGACAGGCAGUUAUCAGAGAACUUCAAUCAGAAACAGGAAAAUCUCGCUUAUCAGCGCAUGCAGAAGUUCAGACAAAAACUGCCAUCUUAUAAUGAUAGACGAAAAAUUGUAAAUAUGAUACAUGCAAAUCAAGUUGUGGUACUGAGUGGAGAAACAGGCUGUGGAAAAACUACCCAAGUACCACAGUAUAUCCUGGAUGAUUUUAUAGAGCAGGAAAGAGGGUCACAGUGUAGAAUUAUCUGUACACAGCCUAGACGUAUAAGUGCAAUAUCGGUAGCCGAAAGAGUAGCUGCAGAAAGGGCAGAAGCAUGUGGGAAUGGGAACUCUGUUGGAUAUAUGAUUCGUCUUGACAAUAAGCUUCCCAGAAAUGAUGGGUCUAUACUUUAUUGUACAACUGGUAUUUUGUUGAAAGUGCUUGAGAGUGAUCCGUUAUUACAUAAAGCCACACAUAUCAUACUUGAUGAGAUACACGAGCGUGAUCUGUUGUCCGAUUUUCUCAUCAUCAUUCUGAGGGAUAUCCUACAGAGACGUCCAGAUCUCAAGCUGAUACUCAUGAGUGCUACACUCAAUGCUGAGGCAUUCUCAAAAUACUUCUAUGAUUGCCCAAUGAUCAAUGUGCCAGGAUUUACCUACCCUGUGAAGGAGUAUCUUCUGGAAGAUGUCAUUGAACUCCUCAGGUAUGAAGUUCCAGACAAAAUGUUGAAGAGAAGACCCAGAAAGCGCAGAGAGUUCAAUAAGGCUGUGGAGGAGGAAGAAAUGAGAGAGGCAUGGCUACGUAACCUGGAAGGCGGAGUCAACACGAACAUGAGAUGCUCAAGGGGUACUCUGGAGGCAUUGAGAUGUAUGGACAUGACAAAAAUAGAUCUGGAAUUAAUUAAACAGCUUAUAAAAUACAUUGUUACCUCUAAAGAUGAUGGGGCAAUUCUUGUGUUCCUACCAGGGUGGACAGAUAUCAGUGAACUGCAUAAGAUGUUGACAAGGGAUACAUUUUUCAGCCCCUCUGCUUUUCGAUUGAUACCGUUGCAUUCAAUGAUGCCGACCAUGAACCAGCGUGAAGUGUUUGACAGACCUCCAGAGGGAGUAAGAAAAAUUGUCAUAGCAACAAAUAUAGCUGAAACAAGCAUAACAAUAGAUGAUGUAGUGUAUGUGAUAGAUUGUGGAAGGAUCAAGGUGAAGGGUUUUACACCAGAGAAUAACCUAGCCACGCUCGAUGCUGAAAUGGUUUCACGUGCCAAUGCCCGACAGAGACGCGGUAGAGCAGGAAGAGUGCAACCAGGUGAAUGCUACCAUCUGUAUACCAGUCUACAGGAAUCUCUCAUGUUAGAUUAUCUACCUCCAGAAAUAUUGAGAACCAGACUGGAAGAGUUGUGUCUACAAAUCAAAUAUCUGAAAUUGGGAGAGAUUUUGCCAUUUGUAAAGAAAGCCAUGCAACCUCCAUCCCUGGCAGCAUUAAAGUCGGCCAUUGUCAAUCUUCAGAACCUUAAUGCCUUAGACAGUAGAGAAAAUCUUCUGCCCCUUGGUAAACAUUUGGCUCGAAUGCCUUUAGAUCCACAUACUGGCAAGAUGAUCCUGUUUGGGGCGAUGUUUGGUUGUUUGGAUCCUAUACUCACCAUUGCAGCUAGUCUCAACUUCAAAGAUCCUUUCUUUAUUCCACUGGGUAAAGAAGCAUUGGCAGACAAGUCAAGAAUAGAACUAGCUCAGGGAUCGUGUAGUGAUCAUCUGUUAUUGGUGAAGGCAUUCCAGCGCUGGGAGAGAGCCAAACAACGUGGUACCAGUAGACAACUGUGCUAUGACUAUUUCAUGUCAGAAUCAACACUUUGGAUGUUACAAAAGAUGAGAAAUCAGCUGGCUGAAGUUCUGCAUGAACUUGGUUUUAUCAAGUCAAGAAAUCCGGGCCAGGAGACAGCCAAUAGAAAUUCUGAUAACCCUGCUCUUGUGAAAGCUGUUGUGUGUGCUGGACUGUACCCUAAUGUUGCCAAAAUAAAAUCCCUUCCUUCCAAAUACAGAUCUAUGAAGUUCCUGACGAAAGAUGAUGGCAGGUGUGAGUUACAUCCAAAGUCUGUUGCCAAGGAUGUACACUCCCCAGGAACACAGUGGGUCGUGUUCCAUAAGAAAAUGAAAACUACAGCAGUAUAUGUUUACGAUUGCAGUUUAGUGUCGCCAUAUUCUCUUCUGUUCUUUGGUGGAGAUAUAAAACAAAUUAAGGAAGACAACAUUGAUACUGUAUGUGUUGAUCAGUGGAUCAAAUUCAAAGCUUCCCGUGAUACUGUACAGCUAGUCAAGGAUUUAAGACAAGAACUGGACUUGGUAUUAGAUGGCAAAAUAUCAAACAGUAGGAACUCUGACUGGGGCCCAAAGUCUAAAGAAGGGGCCAUAUUAAGGGCCAUUAUAGAUCUGGUUACAACUGAAGAUGCCUCAAGUAAUUUUGAGUGUAAACAGAGGUGAUGAUUUGACAAGAGCCAUGCUGACUAUUUGAUUACAUUGACAGUUAUCUGUGAUAAUGAUGAACAAAGAGUUUGACUGAUACCUGGCUAGACUGAGAUCCUCUGUGAGCUAGUGGAACCAGUAGUCUGUGUAGGUUUGUGGAGAAUUCAGUGGAUGGAACUAAAACCUGUUUUGUUUGAGUUUUCUUUCUCUGAUCAUGUGAUACUUAAAGACUGAUGUAAAGUUUGUUAGGUGAGAAGAGGAGAAGAAUAAAGAAGUUAAAUAUAUA